AUGAAGUCUUACGCUACCAUCGUUCUUGUAUCGUGCCUCAUCGCUGCCGGAAGCUGUGCCCCACAAUUUGGAUUCGGAUCGUCCGGAGCAGGAGCGAAUGCCGCAUCGCAAGGAAUGGGAAUGGGAGGAGGAUUCCCUGGUAUGGGCGGCGGAAUGAGUUCCUCGAACGCGAACGCUGGUGCUCAAGGUGUCGGAAUGGGCGGAGGAUUUCCCGGAAUGGGUGGCGGCAUGGGAGCUUCGUCUGCCAAUGCUGGUGCUGCUUCUCAAGGUGUCGGAAUGGGUGGAUUCCCCGGUAUGGGAGGUGGCAUGAGUGCAUCGAACGCAAACGCUGGAGCACAAGGCAUGGGAAUGGGAGGAUUCGGUGGAUUCGGCGGAUAA